UUUUUCACUCAAAUUAAAUGCCAUAGUACUUACUCACGUGUUGAUACGAGACUGUAUUUUUGCAACUUUUUGACAUUCAGGGUAAUACAGGAUAUUGUGCAAUCUUUAUUAUUAAAAAAAUUACUUUUAUCGAUAUUUAGAUUUUUAUUUCGCAAUCUUAGUGUUACAAAAAUUUCAAUCAUGACGGAUCGCGACGGUGAAGAAUUUUUCAAUGAAUUAUACGCAAACGUUUUAUCUGAUUGUCCGAGUGACUUUGAAAUAUAUUGUAGCGAUGUGGAAAUUGAUAGUUUAUCGCAGCAAAACCAAAUAUAUUUGCGAAACCUGUUGUAUACCACU